GUGGAGCGGAAGUGCGACGUACGGAGUGGGUUGCGUGACGGGUUUGUUUGCUGUGUUUAUAUGAAGAAGAGGAGGAAGACAUUGACGGCCAGGGCGAUUAGGAGGCGCUAGUGUCUGUAAUUUGGGCUUUUUUAGGGGCAAAAUGACAAUAUUCUGAUUAAUUCAGCAUUCAAACCAAAAAGACGUCUUCUGAGGACGGAGUAAAGUGAGGUGCCUGGCUUGUAUGGCUGGCCAGCAUGCAGAAGAGUCCGGGGUUGAUAUUUAACAUAAAUAUAUUUUACAAGCACCGAAGCAGGGGCAAUUUAUGUAUAUUUAUUUUUCAGAUUUGGUCGGCAUUUUAAUAUCGUGAUCGGGGUCUGGGUUGGUUUCUCACGUUUAAAAGUGCGCUAGCUAGCUUUCUGGUGUUGCUGUGAAGGUAAUUAACUGAUUAACGGUCACAACCGGAUUUUUAUUUAUUUAUUUAUUUUUACAUUUUUUUUUUACUUUUUAUUUUUUGCUGCGUGGGACAUAAAAUACGAAACCCCAUGCUGGCAGAAUGCUGCCGGUAAUCCGGAGAGAUGCCGGCCUGUGGCAUCAGACAAGGAGCCUGCUGUACAAGAACCUGCUGAUCAAAUGGAGGACAAAGCAGCAGAGCCUGCAGGAGCUAAUCCUGCCCCUGCUGUUAUUGGGGCUCCUGAUCUUCAUCAGCAUCCUGAACCCACACAUCUACUAUGAGGACAUCAGCACCAUGGAGCUGGACAGACACUUCUACCCCACGUUUAAGUGCCUGGGAUACACUCCCAUCAGCAACGUCACCAGCCAGAUCAUGGAGGACGUGGCCCACGAGUUGCAAAUUGACCACCUGGAGAUGUUCUCCACCGAAGAGGACCUGGAGAACGCCAGCCUGCACGAGACGUCGAACCUGGUGGGCGUGGUCUUCCUGGACAACAUGUCGUACCGGCUGCGUUUCCAUCACAGCCAACUGCCCCUCCCCAGCGACUUCACUGAGUCCAUCGCCAGCUGCUUCUCCUACACUGCGCACUGCCGGGCGGCAAAUUACUGGUUCACCGGCUUCGUCCGCCUCCAGGCUCUCAUCGACGCGGCCAUCAUACAGAUGCAGACGAAGAGGUCGGUUUGGAGGGAGAUGUCCGACCUGCGGGUGGUCAUGAUGGGCCAGCCGGGCUCGGUGGAGGUGCAGACCUUUCCGCACGCGCUGAUCUCCAUCUACCUGGUGCUGGCCUUCACACCCUUCGUCUCCUUCCUCAUCGUCAACGUGGCGGCUGAGAAGGAGCGCCGCCUCAAAGACACCAUGACCAUGAUGGGGCUCUAUGACUCUGCGUUCUGGCUGUCCUGGGGACUCCUGUACACAGCCCUGGUCACAGCCAUGUCCGUCCUGAUGUCCAUCAUCGCCACCUAUACCGCUCUCUUCCCCAACAGCAACUUCCUGGUUGUCUUCCUCCUCAUCUUCCUCUACGGGAUAUCCUCUAUCUUCUUCUCCUUCAUGCUGACCCCCCUGUUUAAGAAGCCCAAGCUGGCCAGCACUGUGGGCUCCAUGCUGACCGUGCUCUUCGGCUGCCUGUCGCUCUUCACCGUGCUGAUGGAGGACUUCCCUCAGGACGCCGUCUGGCUGCUCUGCCUGCUGUCCCCCACCGCCUUCUCCAUCGGCGUCGCCCAGGUGGUGGACCUGGAGGCGCAGGGCGACGGCGCUGUGUUCUCCACGCUGGCCAACGGGCCGCACCCGCUCUACGUGCCCCUGCUCAUGCUGCUGCUGGACUGCAUCCUCUACCUGCAGCUCGCCGUCUACCUGGACCAGGUCCUGCCUGGCGAGUUCGGAAUGCGCCGGCCCUUCUUCUUCUUCCUGAAGCCGUCCUAUUGGUCGAGGCGCAGGAAGCGGUGCGCGGACCUGUCCUCUGUGUUCGAGGGGGAGGUCAAUGGCGGCCCUGUCCUCAGCGACUCCGUGGAGCCAGUUUCCCCCGAGUUCAGGGGCAAAGAAGUGAUCAGGAUAAACAACAUCCAGAAGAUUUAUAAAGAGAAGGACGCCACGGUGGAGGCCCUGCGCGGCUUCACAUUUGACAUCUACGAAGGCCAGAUCACAGCUCUGCUGGGCCACAGCGGCGCGGGGAAGUCUACCCUCAUGAAUAUCCUCUGUGGGAUCUGCCCGCCCACUGAAGGCUCGGUCACCAUCUACGGCUCGUCAGUGUCGGACAUGGCGGACGGCGUGGCCAUGCGCAGGCUGGUGGGCGUCUGUCCACAGUUCAACAUCAUGUUCGACGUCCUCACCGUGGAGGAGCACCUGCGCAUCUUUGCUGCCAUCAAAGGCAUCCCGGCCAGCGACAUUGACCGUGAGGUGAGCAAGGUGCUGAAGGCCCUGGACUUGGAGAAGAUCAUGGAUGCUCAGGCUAAGAACCUCAGCGGGGGGCAGAAGAGGAAGCUGUCGCUGGGCAUCGCCAUCCUCGGGGACCCCAAGAUCCUCCUCUUGGACGAGCCGACGGCCAACAUGGACCCCUGCUCCCGCCACCAGGUGUGGUCCCUGCUGAAGAGUCUGCGGGCCGGGAGGGUCAUCGUGCUCAGCACGCACUACAUGGACGAGGCGGACAUCCUGGCAGACCGCAAGGCCAUCAUCUCCCAGGGCCAGCUGAAGUGCGUCGGAUCCUCCCUGUACCUCAAGACCAAGUGUGGGGUCGGCUACCACCUCAGGAUGUCAGUGAGCGAAGCCUACCGGGCAGAUGCCAUCACGCCGCUGGUCAGGCAGCACGUGCCCAAGGCCCAGCUGGCACGGCAGCAGGAGGCGGAGCUCACCUACACGCUGCCCUUCGAGAGCGUCGAUGCCUUUCCAGACCUCUUCUCUGACUUGGACUGCCGGCCUGACCUGGGCAUUGCCAACUAUGGCGUUUCCAUGACGACCUUGGAGGACGUCUUCCUGCGGCUAGAAGCGGAAGCUGAAGCGGAGGUGGACAGAGCAGACUACAGCGUGUUUAACCAGGAGUCCGCAGAGAGUGAGGGUGACGCCUCCUCACUGGACGACAUAGACCAGAGACUGCUGACCUUCUCGGAGGGCCAGCAGGAGGCGCUGCGCGGCCGAGCCCUCUGGUACCAGCAGUUCCGCACCGUGGCCAGGCUGCACCUCCUCAACCUGCAGCGUGAGAAGAAGUCCGUCAUCUACAUCCUGGCCCUGUUCGCCAUCUUCCUGGCCUCGGUCCUGGCGCUGUCCCUCAUCACGGGGAACAUCCAGAUCCACCCCCCGGACCGGCAGUUCCUGCCCAUCUACCUGCUUCGCCGCCACCAGGCCGCCCGGAGGUACGCCACCCCCCUGCUGGUGCAGAACUCGUCAGACUCUGAUAUCUCCGGGUUCAUUCACAACCUGGAAUCCCAGGACAUUAAGGUGGAGCUGAUGAAGAACGUGGACUAUGUGGCCGCUGCCCCACACAGCGCCGCCAUCAACGUGACGGGAUCAAGCAAGGCGUACGAGUACUAUCUGGCGUUCAACAGCACCACGGUGCACUCCCUGCCCAUGCUGGUGAACAUCCUCAGUAAUGCCCUCCUAAGGGGCUUCAACGGAAGCGGCCAGAUCAGCACCUGGACCAAACCCUUUGAGUUUCAAAUGCCGGACUCCAUUUCGUACACGCUGGUCUACAUCGAAGCCAUGCUGCUGGGGAUGCUCGCGGCCGGGAUGCCUGCCUACUUCGCCAUGGACCACACGCGCGACCGCGAGAUAAGGUGCCGCUCGACACUGAGGGUCUCGGGUCUGUCCCCCUCGGCGUACUGGUGUGGCCAGGCCGCUGUGGACGUGCCCUUCUACUACCUCAUCCUGGUCUGCAUGACCAGCACCCUGUUUGCCUUCCACUCCAGCGACUUGAUCUACCCCAAAGCACUCGUCUCGGUGACGCUGUGCCUGAUUGGCUACUGCCUGGCCAUGGUGCUCUUCACCUACGUGGUGUCAUUCAUGUUCACCCGGGUCCAGAGUAACCGCGACUUCUUCUCCGUGCUCUGCAUGAUGGUGUGCGUGGUCUCGGCCUUCGUGGUGCAGCUGUCGUCAUUCAGCGAGGGCAUGACCGUCAUGCGGCUGCUGCACAAUGCCGUCUGCCUACUGAACCCGCUCUACCCUCUCAUGGGCUGCCUCAACUACAUCACCAGGACCACCUUCGCCAACGUCAGCUACGAUUACAACGGCUUCCUCAUAAACAAUCUGCUGGUCACCGUCAUGGCGCCCUACCUGCAGAGCAUUCUGCUGAUCCUGCUGCUCCGCUGGCUGGAGGUCCGCUACGGCGGCAGGACCAUGAAGAACGACCAGCUGUGCAGGAUCUCUGGUAAGUCCAGGGGAAAAAUGCAGAGGAACCCAGAGGAGUUUGAGAACGAGGAUGAGGAUGUCAGGGUGGAAAAGGCGCGGGUGAAGGAAGCCCUGACCUGCCAGCUCUGUGAGGAGAAACCCGUGGUUGUGGUCAGCAGCCUGAGGAAGGAAUACCACACCCGCUGGGAGGAGUUUGUCCUCAGCAAGCGACGGAAGGUGGCCAUCAAAAAUGUCUCCUUCUGCGUCCGCAAAGGCGAGGUCCUUGGACUGCUGGGACCCAACGGGGCUGGGAAGAGCACCAUGAUGCACAUGCUGGCUGGGGACUCGGAGCCACUGGCUGGACAGGUGCUGAUGGGAGAUUACAGCACAGAGUACCAGCCCGUGGAGAAUCCGCUGGAGCACGUGGGCUACUGCCCCCAGGUGAACCCGCUGUGGCCCAGGAUCACCAUCCAGGAGCACCUGGAGAUCUACGCCGCCGUGAAGGGGCUCCGGGUGGACGACAUCCCGGGGGUCAUCAAGCGGAUGGUGAACGCCCUGGAGCUGAAGGAGCACCUCCACAAGCAGGCCAAGCACCUCACCGCCGGCCUCAAACGGAAGCUCUGUUUCGCCCUGAGCAUGCUGGGAAACCCGCAGAUCGUUCUCCUGGACGAGCCCUCCACUGGCAUGGAUCCCAAGUCUAAGCAGCGUAUGUGGAGGGCAAUUCGUGCCGCUUUCAUGAAUAGCCAGCGGGGGGCGAUCUUGACCACGCACUACAUGGAAGAAGCAGAGGCAGUGUGUGACCGGGUGGCUAUCAUGGUGUCGGGGCAGCUGAGGUGCAUCGGGUCCAUCCAGCACCUGAAAAGCAAGUACGGGCGUGGCUACAGUCUGGAGGUGAAACUGCGGGAGGAGCUGAUGGGUCUGCAGCAGGUGGCGCUGCUGCACAAGGAGAUCCGGGCCAUCUUCCCACAUGCUGCGCGGCAGGAAAGCUUCACAACCCUGAUGGUCUAUAAGAUCCCUAUGGAGGAUGUGAUAUCUCUAGCUAACUCCUUCGCCCAGCUGGAGAGAGCCAAGAAGACUUUCAAUUUCGAGGAGUACAACUUCUCUCAGUCCACCUUAGAGCAGGUCUUCAUGGAGUUCACGAAAGAGCAGGAGGAUGAGGAGGACGAACAUGGCUCCCAGAGCACCACCUUCCAGUGGCAGCGGCUUCAGCAGGACAGCUCCGUGUCGAUCAGUCACCCUGACAGCGUUGUGAACCAGCUGUGAUCCGCCCACCCCCAUCCGCCACCCCCGCCUCCCCCGACCUGACCGCUGCCUCCCACCCUGAACUGCAUUUAAACCCUCCAGAUGGCUGGCUGGCCAUACUGGCACUGCGUCCGGGUGAGGUGGGGCAGCAUGGCGCCCUCUAGUGCCAAGGGAGUGUCUACAUGCUGGUGUUUCAGACGCCCCCACCACCAGUUGCGGCACGCCGGCCCGUCUCCCGUCCUGCACCGAGCAUCCGGCCUGAGCCGCUCUCCUGCACCGAGGAGCCGCGUUCCCGUCGGGCCUCCUUUUAAAUCCCUUUUAACCAUGUAGCCCACCAGCAUUUAGCUUAGCCUUUAGCCGACGACGUGGCGUCCUGUCAGGAGACACACCUAGAGGCGAUCGAUGGCGUGCAUCAUAGUCCACCUUCCUCUUCGGGAGCUGAGGAUCAGUCAUCAGUCCGCACUUUGGCUCCAUGUCCCUCCCAUGAGAACAUCAGAACGUACUCCUCGCCCGAUUUGACCAAAGUGUCUCGCCACUUCAGUCACUCACCAUUAGGUGGCGAUACAGCGCAUGAAGACACACGUAGACGUCUCGUAUUAAGGACACUCCAUCUAUGCUGGAGCUCAGUCGGACCACAGUGAAGACCACCACUAGUGUUUUGCUCGUGUCUUGGACAAGUGAGCCGUGAUUCCUUAUAAAGAACAACCAGGACGUCUGACUUCUGGUCUUCAUCUGGUUCAGAAGUGCUCCUCCGAAUUCUGUUUUCAGUUGCUGAGAGCCCUUUGCCUUCAAGCGAUUUUGGCCUGUUUUCUUUUUUGUCUUUCCAGGUGAACUGUGGGUGUGGGGAGGGGGGAAGUGGGCACUUUUUCUUCUGGGGGGGUCAGCUUGCACUGUGGAGGGUGGGCUUGGCCGCAGCCACCACCAUCCGAGCUCCCACAGACCCUGGGAGCAGUCUCUGUGCCGCAUGCUUGCACACGCAGAACCUGCAUGCCAGUGACGGGGGUUUUGGGCCUUGCGGCGUCGUCGUGACACGAUCCGCCUGGGGUGGAGGGCAGGCUAAGUUGGAGCAGGGGUGUGGAUGCAGCCAGCGAGCCUGUGACCCUGCCCCCCCCCCACUGAGGAAGCGCGGUGGGCGAAUGCUAAAAGCUAACAGCGCUAAGGCUCCUGCAUAUGUAGCAUUCUGCAGCCCCAGCCAGAGACGCUGAUGCAGGCUCGGGGCUCGGGGCUG